AUUGAUUGUUCUUGUACCACCACCACACAGACAAGCGGCUUAAUCGGAGCCAUUCAUCACAUUUGUAUAUAACCAACCACAACCGCAACUGCAACGUAUUAUUUGUACUAUUAAUUAGUUUACCACUACAACCAGUCUGUUGUGUUUAAGAUGGAUACCCUAGAAGCAUCACAAAUAACGCCUGUACUAGAAAAUAAAUCAAUCAUCAUGGAAAAAGAGAACAAUAGCCCCACUUCAACCAAAACAGUUGAUAUUCAAGUGGAACAGACUACACAAGUUGAACAACCACAAGAAGAAAAUUCAGCCAUUACUCCCUUUUUGAUUACUCAUUUGAGUAACCAGAAUUUAAUCCCUCGUGACAAUUUCCACAAGUAUUGUUAUCGCCAUAACCCUGAUGUUACAUGUAACAAACUUACUGACGAUAUUAAAAUGAAGGAUAUUCAGAACCGGUUAGAGAGAUUGCCUAACCGGGACCAAGAAGCUAUAUCACAUGUUUGGUCCAUUUUUAACGCUGCCCCAGUUCCACAACAGAAACUUAUAUUGCAAGGAUUACUAAGCCAAUGUUGUUUCCCACAGUUGUCAUUUUUAUCACAAGAAAUCUCCUCAUUAAUUAGAAUUGACUUUAUAUCCGCAUUACCCCAAGAAAUUUCCCUUAAGAUCUUAUGUUAUUUAGAUUGUCGUUCAUUAUGUAAUGCCGCUCAAGUUCUGAGAAAGUGGAAGAGUUUAGCUGACGACGAUAGAGUAUGGCAUCAUAUGUGUGAACAACAUAUUGAUAGAAAAUGCCCAAAUUGUGGAUGGGGAUUACCUUUGAUGCAUAUGAAGCGAGCACGUGAGAUGCAAGAAGAUGACGACAUUAGACCUAUAAAAAGAAGACAUUCAGAAGCAUCAGCUGUUAAAACAGCUAUAACAGCAGCUAAGAAGGAACCUGCACCUACUCCUCCAGUUAUUAGAAAACGUCCCUGGAAAGCAGUUUAUUCUGAACGCUAUAAGCUUGAAAAGAAUUGGCGUAAAGGUAUAUAUACAGUCAAAUCAUUCACUGGUCAUACUGACGGAGUUACAUGUUUGCAAUUUAAUAGAAAGUAUCUAAUGACGGGAUCUUAUGAUACCACCAUUAAAAUUUGGAAAAUCGAAACUGGGGAAUGUUUAAAAACACUCACUGGUCAUACCAAAGGUGUCAGAUCAUUAGUAUUUGAUAACCAAAAGUUAAUUACCGGUGGGUUGGACUCUACCAUUAAAGUUUGGAAUUAUCAUACUGGGGAAUGUAUUGCUACUUAUAGAGGUCAUGAUGACGCUGUUGUAUCGGUUGAUUUCUCCAACAAAUCCAUUGUCCUGGGUUCUGCUGAUCAUACUGUACGUAUUUGGCACGUGGAUUCAAGAACUUGUUAUACUUUAAGAGGUCAUACUGAUUGGGUUAACUGUGUCAAGAUCCAUCUGGCUUCUAAUACCCUUUUCAGUGCCAGUGACGAUACUACAAUUAGAAUGUGGGAUAUGAAUACCAAUCAAUGUUUACGUGUAUUUGGUGGAGCUAGCUCGAAUGGCCAUAUUGCACAAGUUCAAUGUGUGAUUCCAUUUGUUUACAGACAAGCAUUAGUUGAAGAUGAUCCAGGAAGCGAAAGUGAAGGAGAAACUGAUUUACAACACCCUCCAUUACUUGAUUCAGUUCAAAAUGACCAACCACACGAACCACUCCCAGCAAAUUACCCCACCCAUCUUUUAACUUCUUCACUUGAUAAUACCAUAAAGUUAUGGGAUGUUCAAACUGGUAAAUGUAUUAGAACCCAGUUUGGUCAUAUUGAAGGAGUUUGGUCGAUCAAUUCUGAUACAUUUAGAAUUAUUAGUGGUGCCCAUGAUAGAUUAAUUAAAGUUUGGGAUUUACAGAAUGGGAAAUGUUUACAUACUUUUGGUAAUGAUUCAAGUGUAAGUUGUGUUGGAUUAAGCGAUUCAAGAUUUGCUGCUGGAUUGGAAAGUGGUCAUGUUAAAAUGUAUUUUUUUGAUUAAUUUGGUUUAUUUAUUUAGGUUUUAUGUAUUGGGUUUAAUAUAAUUACUAUUAGGAA